AAGAUGGGGUUAGGUACCUUUGGUUUUUGUCGCCUAACAUCUUGUUUUCAAUCAUGGGAUCAAAUUGUUUAGCAAAGAAGUAUCCUAGUGGCCUUGGGUAAUUUUGUCUUCCUCAAGAGUCCUAUCUGUAUUAAUGGAAAUAAAUAACAGUACGUCACCUCACCAGCAGGAGCCAAGGAGCCGGUAGAGGAUCCCACCCCCCUUUGCACCUUUAUCUGGCUUGGCUUCCGCGUCGUUUUACAGCUGUAUAUAGGCAAAAACACCCAGCAAUCUUUCCUCAGCAUGGACACAUGAAUCUGGUGAAUUUCUCCCUACCACGCUACUUCUGCACAACGUAAGAGCCCUUCCGGGAUAAAAAUAAAAAAAUUAAAAGGCAAGCUGGUAACAUCGACUAAGUGAAAGCGAGACGGCGCUGUUAACCGCCACCUUCUCUUCCUCCUCCCCAAGAGCUGCCAAAGAGGCUCUCUCAACUUCUUUCCCCGUCUCCGAGUGAAUGGGAAGGGUAACCCAUUGCGAUGACUUAUCCUCCUCCUCCUCCUCCUCGGUGUUCAGUGGCAUUACAAGGCCACCACAUGUCUUUCUCUUUUUGAACAUCGAUAGGAAAGUCCCGCCGUGCCCUUUCCGAGCGGAACAAGAUGGCUGCCUUUGUUCGCGCCCAUAAUGCUUCGCGGGCAGCCCAAGCGACCGGGCGUCUCUUCCGGACUCGGGCUCUGGGUUGAAGGAAAGCAGGAUCGGCGGCGGCUGGGUAGCGCUGAGGGUGCGAAGGACCGAUCCUUAUGUGAGAGAAGGAGGGAAAGGAAGGACCUGCCCGCCCGCUCGCUGUUGGACCAUGAGGCUUCAGCUCCGCUCGAACUCCCCACCGCUUCUCGUCCUUCUCCUUCUGUUGAUGUUUGGGGUGCCUGAACUGGGGGCGCUGAGGCAGCCGCCUCCUCCUCCUCCGCGUUCCGCCCAACAUCACCGGGACAAACAUGGACCGCCGCGAUACGAGAGGCUGGAAUCUGUUCUCUCAGACUACGAUAUUCUUUCUGUAUCCAACAUCCAACAGCACUCUUUAAGAAGAAGAGACCUGCAACCAGAGUCCCAUAUAGAGAGACACUUAAGUUUUUCAGCAUUGCAUAGGCAUUUUAAAUUAUACUUAACUUCAACAGUGGAACAUUUUUCGAAAAACUUUCAAGCACUUAUAGUGGAUGGCCAAGGCAAGGAAAGAGAAUAUCAGGUACAAUGGCAAGAGUUUUUCACAGGACAUGUUGUAGGUCAGAGUGAUUCCAGGGUUAUAGCACACAUAGGCAAAGAAGAUUUCACAGUGAGGAUCAAUACGAAUGAAGAAGAAUAUAAUAUUGAGCCCCUGUGGAGGUUUAUCAAUAAUACACAAGAUGAAAGACUUUUGGUCUACAGAUCAGAAGACAUCAAGGAUUUCUCACGAUUACAGUCCCCCAAAGUAUGUGGCUAUGUUAAACUAGAAGAGGAGGAGGAGCUUUUAGGUGGAAGGCUGAAGGAGAGUAAAUUAAAGGAAGCAGAUGUCCCUCGACGGAAAAGAGCUAUCCCAGACCCCAUGAAGAACACCUGUAGGAUGUUAGUGGUGGCAGAUCAUCGCUUCUUUAAGAACAUGGGCCGAGGGGAAGAAAGUACUACAAUUAACUACUUGAUUGAAUUAAUAGACAGAGUUGAUGACAUCUAUCGCAAUACAUCGUGGGAUAAUGCGAACUUCAAAGGAUAUGGCAUACAGAUAGAACAGAUUAUUGUUCACAAUGAGCCAAAAGCUGUACGUCCUGGGGAAAAACACUAUAACAUGGCAAAAAGUCAGCCAGAUGAGGAGGCGGACGCUUGGGAGGUGAAGCUGCUGCUGGAGCAAUUCAGUUCGGAUAUAGCUGAGAAAGCGGCUCAAGUGUGCCUUGCUCAUCUGUUUACCUACCAAGACUUUGAAAAGGGGACUCUUGGGCUGGCGUAUGUCGGAUCCCAAAGACCAAACAGUCAUGGUGGCAUCUGUCCAAAGGCUUAUUCUAAUUCAGGGGCUGGAAAGGAUAUCUACCUCAACAGUGGCUUAACCAGCACAAAGAACUAUGGCAAAACUAUCCUUACGAAGGAAGCUGAUUUGGUUACAACUCAUGAGCUGGGACACAACUUUGGGGCAGAGCAUGAUCCUGAUGGCUUGCUAGAAUGUGCCCCCACUGAAGAUCAGGGAGGAAAAUAUGUUAUGUACCCAAUUGCUGUGAGCGGGGAUCAUGAAAACAACAAGAUGUUUUCAAGCUGCAGUAAAGAAUCCAUUCUUCGAACUAUUGAGACCAAGGCCCCGGAAUGCUUCAAAGAGCGCAAUAACAAAGUAUGUGGCAACUCCAGAGUGGAUGAAGGCGAGGAAUGUGAUCCUGGCCUCUUGCAUCAGUAUGUUGAUCCUUGCUGCACAUCUGAGUGUAAGCUAAAGCAGAAUGCAACUUGCAGUGAUCGGAAUAGCCCCUGCUGUAAAGGAUGCCAAUUUGAAAGCGCACAGAAGAAGUGCCAGGAAGCCAUCAAUGCUACCUGUAAAGGCGAGUCUUACUGCACAGGCAAUAGCAGCGACUGUCCUCCCCCAGGGAAUGCGCCAGAUGAUACUGUCUGUGUGGAUUUGGGCAAGUGCAAAGAUGGGGAAUGUGUGCCCUUCUGUGAGAGGGAGAAAAACCUGCGUUCAUGUGCCUGUAAUGAAACGGAUAACUCCUGCAAGGUCUGCUGUCGAUAUGAGCUUGGGAGAUGUAGCCCAUAUGUUGAUGCCAACCAGAAUUUCCUCUAUUUGAGAAAAGGAAAGCCAUGCACUGUGGGAUUCUGUGAUAUGAAUGGUAAAUGUGAGAAGCGUGUGCAGGAUGUGAUUGAACGCCUUUGGGUUUUCAUUGAUCAGCUAAGCAUCAAUACAUUUGGAAAAUUUUUAGCAGACAACAUAGUAGGAUCUGUGCUUGUAUUCUCCUUAAUAUUUUGGAUUCCUCUAAGCAUUCUUGUACACUGUAUGGACAAGAAAUUGGAUAGGCAAUAUGAAGAAAACACAAAAUCUCUGUUUGGCCCCAGUAAUGUUGAGAUGCUGAGCAGUAUGGAUUCGGCCUCUGUCCGAAUCAUCAAACCACCUCCUCCUGUACCAUCAACAAGCCGACACCAGCCUCUCCAGCCUAUUGCACCAGUCCCUGUGGCAGCAGUGGUUCCAAAACUGGACCAUCAAAGAAUGGACACGAUUCAAGAGGAUCCAAGUACAGACUCUCAUAUGGAGGAUGAUUGUUUUGAUAAGGAUCCUUUUCCAAACAGCAGCACAACUGCUAAAUCGUUUGAGGACCUUACAGAUCAUCCUGUUACAAGGAGUGAGAAAGCAUCGUCUUUCAAAUUGCAACGCCAACAUAGAGUGGAGAGCAAAGAAACAGAAUGCUAGUCGCUAGCUGCCUUUGAGCUCUUGACUCUGAUGUGCAAAAUCACGUUCAACUAGAUGAUCUGAAGCCAUUUCAUUAUAGAUAUAUCAGUUACAUCUGUAUAUAUAUGUUUGUAUUGAAAAAUGGAAACAAGGAAGUGACCUACUGCAGAUGCUGGCCAUGUGUAUGAUCUUCUUUAGUUUCAGUAUGAGUGAUACAAACACGUGCGUUCACACACAAAGUGUAUUGAAACUUUUUGAUUUUUUUUUUCUGUAGUCUUGAUCUGAACAUUUCCUUCAGCCUGUGGCGUAGAGGAAUAAUCUGCCUGACAUGAGAUUAUGUAUCUUAGUAUUUUUAUAAUGUACCUUUUUGUAGUUGAACAACAGUUCAAAAUUUUCUUUUUUAGAAUACAAAGGACCCAUAAUUUGGUGACUUACCUUCAUGUAUUGCAGCAGUCAAGGUGUAUCCUUAAAAAGCAGUAUUUUUCUUUUUAAAAUGAAAAAUGAGGUGAACAUUUUAAACUAAUUAACUUAUGUUGGAUACGGGGGAUUUAGCUACAUCUGAGGCGAAUGUCACAGCAAAAUCUGAGAAUGUUUUCUCAAAUGCUGAGGAAUUUGAAGUAAGCCUUUUAAUUACACGUCCUUUGACCAGGAUCCAUUAGAGACUUAACCAACUCAAGCUCUAUUUGUUUCAGCAGGAUUUCAAGGGCACAUGAAACUGUCAUGGAUGAUGGCCUUUUUUUUCAAAAUGAAGUGGCUAAUACGUCUAUUGUAACUUUACUCCUUUUAGCUGUGCUGGGGAGAGAAUCUUUUUCUAACAGAGUAAAAACAAAUUGCUACCUGCCAAAAUUUAACAGCUAAAAAUAAUGAUAGUGAUCAUGGUUUUCAUAUGAUAUAAAUCAGACAGCAGACUUUGUCAAAGUUCUCUUUCAUAAGCAUAUACAGAAGUGCAGUGAGUAGGGUAUCUGCUUGUCUGAGACACAGUGGAGGGUGAGGUACAAACAGGGUUCUUGUGCAUGGAUCCCCCUCCCAAGCAGCCUGGCUUAUAUGGACUGUUUGGACCUCUCUCUGGAGAUCUGCAAGCAACACCACCUGUGUGUAGGUUGCUGUGUCAUGGGUCCUUUCCUAUCCCUUUACCUCAGGGCAGGAUAGAUGGUGCUAAGACCAUGCAAAUCCCUUUUCUCUAUAAUCUUGGAAGGAGAUCUGAUCUCUGUAUAGGGGCCUGUGACUAUAGAAAAGCAUGGACCAUAAAAGUGAAAAGGAGAGAGUUUCUGCUUGAAUAGCUAUUUCGCAACAUAAUCAUGUCCUACAUUGAUUGUAUAUAUAUAUGUGUGUGUAUAUAUAUAUAUAUAUGUGUGUGUGUAUAUAUAUAUAUAUAUAUAUAUAUAUAUAUAUAUAUAUACACACAUACACACACACACACUCAAUUAUGCACUGUAUUUUUUUUGUAUCUGAUGAUCAACCAAACCUGUGACAAAUGUGUAUCUUUCAGGGAUACUUGUUACAUUGAUACUUGAAGUUGUGCCUUUUGGUAUUUGUACCUAUAGUCUGAUUUUAGAUUUCUUACAGAGUAAUAAACUUUGUGUGAGGAGUGAACUCCCAAUACAAUGUAAUAAAAUGAUUUUUUUUAUACCUACAAUGAAACCUAAAAGUUG